AAUUCAGUGGCGCGUUUGAGCGGCGGAUAAACGAAAAAUAUCUGAACCGGAAAUGUCUCGCGGUAACAUGGCGUUCAUGCCAUGCGAAAUCUUCUCUCAAGCUGUCGGGUCGUAAUCAAUUUAACGAAUUGAAACUAUUAAGCGCUUACAGAUUGUAUUCCAGUGCACUUAAUUGUAGUUGAACGUCAAGUAUUUAUUAAGUGUCGAGUAAUUUGUGGCCUAGGUGUUUCAGUGUUUUGUGUACAAGUGGUGAUUUGGGAGUGGGCCUUGUCAAGUUAUCGCUACUUACGACGCUACAGCAGAUAUUUCUCAAUGAUGGGCUUAUCGAUGUUACGCGAAUCAUAAAUUUGUAAUAUGUAUCUGGACAUAGAUCAGUUAGAAAAAACUUUGGGUUUUAUAUAAAGUUAAUUACUCAUUCUCCAAUUUCUCAAUAUGUCCGUCAAUACUCAAUUUGCUAAUCCACCUCCGGCUAUAAGCCUCCCUAAUAUGUCAGUUCCACCUCCAAUUGCAACACCAAAUUUAUCAGCACCUCCGCCAAAUUUAACAACGAUAAAUACCUCCGGAGGAUAUCAGCAUAGGUUUGGUAAUCACAGAGAUGCAAGUCGAGGAUUUUUUAAGCCAUUUCGACCCUAUCAUGCACCAAAGGUGGUCGCGGGUGGUCAAGAUGCAUUGCAAGAUGAAUUUGAUGGCAAAAGACUUCGGAAAUCUGUCAUGCGAAAGACAGUUGACUACAACGCUGCCAUCAUCAAAACUCUGGAGAAUCGUGUCUGGCAACGAGACUACAGAGACAGAAGAGCUUUACAACCGGAUGUUAUAUAUUAUCCGGAUCUUCUCCCACCACCAAGUUACGUCGAUAAUCCAAUUAAUGCAGUGACAACCAAGUUUGUCAAGACAGCAACGAAUAAGAUGCGAUGUCCAAUUUUUUGUAUGGCCUGGACACCGGAGGGAAGAAGACUUGUCACCGGUGCAUCUAGCGGCGAAUUCACAUUGUGGAAUGGGCUUACUUUUAAUUUUGAGACUAUCUUACAGGCCCACGAUAGUCCUGUUCGUACAAUGGUUUGGUCUCACAACGAAAGCUGGAUGGUGACGGGUGACCAUGCUGGCUACGUCAAGUACUGGCAGAGCAACAUGAACAACGUCAAGAUGUUUCAGGCGCACAAAGAGGCGAUUAGAGGACUCAGUUUCAGUCCUACGGAUCACAAACUGGCCACUUGCAGCGACGAUGGAACCGUCCGAAUCUGGGACUUCCUUCGAUGUCACGAGGAACGAAUUCUCAGGGGACAUGGGGCUGACGUGAAGUGUGUCCAUUGGCAUCCGCAGAAGAGUCUCGUUAUAUCUGGAAGUAAGGACAACCAACAGCCAGUGAAACUCUGGGAUCCAAAAACUGGUCAAUCCCUUGCAACCUUGCAUGCACAUAAAUCUACAGUAAUGGAUGUUAAAUGGAAUGAGAAUGGAAACUGGCUGGUAACAGCAUCUCGGGACCAUUUGUUAAAGUUAUUCGACUUGAGAAAUCUAAGUCAAGAAGUUCAGACGUUUCGCGGUCACAAAAAAGAAGCUUCAAGUGUUGCGUGGCAUCCAAGUCAUGAAGGACUUUUCUGCAGUGGUGGAAGUGACGGGGCAAUACUCUUCUGGCAUGUCGGAGCUGACAAGGAAGUUGGAGCAAUAGAGCAGGCACACGACAGUAUAGUGUGGACGUUAGCAUGGCACCCACUUGGGCAUAUAUUAUGUUCUGGAAGUAACGAUCACACGUCAAAGUUCUGGACGAGAAAUAGACCUGGUGAUUUGAUGAGAGACAAGUACAACUUGAAUACGCUGCCAGCAGGCGCCGCAGGAGUUGAUGAUCAUGAAAUUGCUGACGACUCACCAGUGAUUCCUGGCAUGGGUCCUGAAGACCGAAUUAACGCUGAUGGUGAAACUGAAGACAAAACCGGAGGUAUUCCAGGCCUCGAUUUGGACCAUGCUGUAGACGAAGGAAAGAAAUAUGCCAACAAAAAGGUUCCUUACAGUAAACCGAUUCCCAGAAACUUUCAAGCACAAUGGAAUGAAAUGGAAGCAGAAGAUAUAGAGCAAGUUGAAGCACUAAAUGCCUUUGUCAAUCAGCUGAUUGAAACAACGCCUGGAGCCGUGCCUUUGAAUGAAGUAACACCCAAUGCCAUAAUUUUGUAUGGGACAAUGAUUCCGGUUGAGCCUGAAUCGAAAUUAGCUGAGGCCAUCACGAAAGGAAACGAUGCAAUAAACAAAUUGGUCUUUUCUGGAGAGAUAGAAGAACUUCGUGAAGUGAUUGGAUCUCCUGAAGGCGUCGAAGACACUGAAGACUUUUUGCAGGAUGAAGGUGAAAUCGACUAUUCAAAAGUUCCUGAAAUUGAACUUCCCGCACCAUUGCCCAGUUCUAAGUUCGCCCAAAAUCCAGAACUAUUAAAAACAUUGAACCGUGGUGGUAAAAGGAAGUUUGAUCAGUUAAUUGGUUGGAGUGAUGGCGGUGCUAGCGACAGAACAUCAAAAAUACAUCAACCUGUGUUUGGUGCUUCGAUCAAUGAUGACUUGUCUAGUGACGCAGAUUCGAGGUCUGGAAUGGGGAAAUCUAAUUCAGGUGGGGACAGGGACACUUAUGGAGUUGGUUUAGAUGAGGAUUUUAGAAGAUUGCCAAAUGAUGUGCGAAAUAUGGGUAGAGAUGAAGAUUUGCGGUUCAACAAUAUGGGAAAUAUGUCUGGAGGGCCAGGUAGGCCAGGUAUGGGUAGCGAUCAAGAUCUAAGGAGUAAGUCAAUGAACUUUGGUGAUACAGAUUUCCGACAAUUGCCCCCGCAUAAUUUUGGGAUGGGUAAAUCAAGCCUUGACGAUCCCUUUGGAGAUAGAGAUAGAGAAGGCAGAGAAAGAUCAAGAUGGGAUGAUGAGAAUGGUAGAAACCUAAAUGAUAAUUUUAAUAUGGAUUUCCCAGGUAAUAACAACUUUGAUAAACGAGAUAAUUCGUCGUCGAACAUGUCAGGCAUGGGAAGUAAUCACAAUAUGUCCCAUAUCGGAUCCACCCACCAUAACAUGCAAAACCUAAAUCCCAAUAUGAGCCAUCACUUGUCAAAUAUGUCAAAUAUAGGUCCUCAUUCGAACAUACCGCCACAUCUGAGUAUGCCAAAUAAGGGUAAUCAAAAUAUGCCCUCGCACCAGAGUAUGCAAAAUAUGGAUAACACCAUGUCACAUAUGAAUAAUCCGAAUAUGUCCACUAUGCUGCAUCACCCUAACAUGCCUCCUGGAUUUGGGCCAAAUGGAGGGCCACCUGGUAAUUUUGGACCUAAUUUCAGACCUCCCAAUGGUAACUUCGGAUCUAAUCAUAACUUCAGAUCAAACCCCAUGGCUCCUUUUGCUCCAAAUUCUGGUGGACCAUCUUACAACAGCUCGUUUAUGUCGAAUCAAGGGCCACCAAACCUGCGAGGUCCUAACGCUGGAAAUCAAGGCCCACCAAAUUUUGAUCGUUCAGGUUUUAGUGGUCCAAAUUUUCGUGGAUCUAAUCCCGGAAAUCAGGGACAGUCUGGUUAUGGUGGAUAUAACAAAAAUGGGGCUAUGCAUAACAUGCAAGGAAGAUCCAGGAGUACUAAUGAAAAUAAUGGUGGAAGAGGUGCUUAUAAUAGUAGAGGCAGAGGUAGAGACAAUGAUCGGGGUGACCGAGGUGGCAAUUCUAGGGGUAGAGAUAAUUUUUGAACAGGCUUUUAUUGAUGAUAACUGUGACAUUGUGUUAACAUUAUGAUAACGUUAUGUUGACACAAACAUGUAAUAUGUGAAUUCCAGUGAUACUUUUCCUCAUAUGCCUUUGCAGAGAAUAGUCACUGCAGUGUGAGCGCUACUAAGCCUAUCAGCUAACAAUGAAAAUAAUCAAUCAUAUUCAAUCAGUUCUUGGUAAGGACACCAAGGUGUUAAUUAGAGAAAUAUGUGCUUAAUUUGAUCUCUGCGUCGAUACUGAUAGAUCCUUGGUAAGGGUGUAGAGCCCAAUUUUGAAUGAAAAACCGCCUUUCAAUUUCCUUGAGAGCCCGGAUGUCCUUUUUCCACACCAUACCCUGACACAAAUCUGAAAUUGACGCUAACGACUCAUUCUUUUUUCGAAUAAAUCAUUACUUCAUUUUAUAUGCCACCUGAAGCUGUGAAGAUUUUUCAAUGAUACACUAUUUUACAAUCAUAUUGCUAUUAUAUUUCGGAUCUCCAUUGACUGUACUGUAAAGCGGCUUACAUUGCAAUAUCUCAACAACAAUAUUAUCACCACUUGGCAUGUUUAUUUAAAAAAUUUGGAUCCCAUGGUUAACCAUAGGGAGUAUCGAAUUCGUCCCAGAUCGACUUGUACCUAUUUCAACGGAAUUAACUAUUAUUUGGUAAAUUCUCAGAAUGUAAUCUGAAAAUAUUGUAAUAUAUUAUACAGUUAUACACAACAAUUAUUCUGAUAAAAUUGUUCACUAGCUGCCUUGUGAGGGACAUCAUUUUGUUCGUGAUUAGGUUAUCACAUUGAUAGAAUAGACUCCUACUUAUGAAAGUUUGAACAAGAGCAGUUUAAUUAUGAUUCAUUGAUAAUAAAAUUGAGUAAAAUAA